AAUCAUAAAUUUUCAUUAUUAUCUUGCGUUAUCAGCCGAUCGCCACACGGAGGAUAGAAAAUCGGAUUAUUUUCCCACCCAGCGAUGGCUCUAUGCCCAAGGUUUCCGGCUUCAAUUCCCGGCGAAGGAUUCGACCCCGCGCACCUUAUCACCGUCGCUUCUGCACUCCGCCUCGGUCAUCUCGUCCGUCUCCGUUGCACGAAACAUCUCCACCUUCUACUCCGCUCGUCUCUCUGCCAGGAUUAUAAUCAUUUAACUGAGCUGCACAAAAUUAAGGACAGUUGGUGCCGGAGACCACACAUAUUCAACCAUUAUUAUCUUCUUGAAGCAUUGUAUGAUACAUUUUCAUCAUCGUGUUCAUCUUGCUUUUCAUUCUUUAGUGGGAGUGAAUCUGGUAAAAGAUAUGUUGAUACGCACAAGUUUCAGCUUAAAGCCUCCACAGGAAGUCCUUUCAACAAAAGAUUAUGGACCAAUAUUCUUCUUGCUUUCAACAUUCUGGUUUACAUCGGUCAAAUUGCUACACAAGGGAAAUUGUUGCUGUGGGGGGCAAAGGUCAAUACCCUAAUUGAUAAAGGGCAACUGUGGAGAUUGCUCACAUCGUCAUUUCUGCAUGCCAACAUUGGACAUCUAAUGGUUAAUUGCUACUCUUUGAACUCGAUUGGUCCUACGGUUGAGCAACUUAGUGGACCUAGACGCUUUCUUGCUAUUUACCUCAUAUCUGCAAUAGCAAGUUCAUUGAUGAGUUAUCAUUUGUGUCAAUCGCCAGCCGUUGGAGCAUCCGGCGCCAUAUUUGGAUUAGUGGGAUCAUUUUCUGUGUUUGUUUUGAGGCACAGAAGCAUAUUUGGUGGAGGGAAAGAUGAAUUACAGCAAAUAGCACAUGUUAUUGGCAUAAAUAUGGUUAUAGGUCUCCUCUCUAGAGGCAUUGACAACUGGGGCCAUUUGGGCGGGUUUUUGGGCGGAGCAGCGGUGUCAUGGUUUCUUGGGCCAGCAUGGAGACGCGAGUCCCGUUUCGGUGAUGGUAGAUUCAUCUAUUCUGACAUAGCUCCCAUCACCCGUUUUAUUGGUGGCAGGAAGAUGCAGUAGUUCCAAUAUUUAUGUUUUCUUAGUGUUCUAAGUGAGUUAGAGAGAGCAGAUUUCGUGGACUCAUAAUUUCUGUAGAGCAUAACAUAUAGAAAAUGUGAUGUUAUUUUGUGUUAAAAAAAUUUUAACAUUAUACUUUA